AUGGCUCCUAAAAGACCUGCAGAAGAUGGGGCAUCAGAACCUAGGCCCAAGAAGCACCGUCCAGGCUUCAAAGUUGGACCAGACAAUCUUCCUGAUGGAGUACACAGGCGCAAAGUCAUCAAAAUCAAAAAAGACCUUAUCCAAAAAGCCAAAAUCAAGAAGUCCUACGCCAAAAUAAAAGCCCAAACCGCUCUCCCUCCCGACCCAAUUCCAUAUACGCCCCUCGAGCCAGCCUCCCAAGAACUGCACCCUGACCGUCAAGCCAUGCUCGAUGCCCCCGAAAAGCCCUCCCUCCUCCCCAGCCAAGAACAAUCAUAUUCGCAGCGGCCACAGCAGCAGCAGAGAAGAGGGAAGAAACCCGCAUAUUUUGAGAAAGAACAGGCGUUUGCGGAGCAGAAGAAGGCCGAGGCUGAGGCGAAGAGGGCGGAGUUUGAGAGAAGAGAGAAGGAGAAGAAGGAGAAGAUAGAGGAGAGGGAGAGGUUUAGGAGGACGAUGGCAAAGGCGAGGACGGGUGGGAAGAAUGGUCAGAGGAAGUUAGGGAAGGAGAGUCAGGUUUUGUUGGAGAAGGUGAAGAGGAUGAUUGGGAGUUGA